CUCUGUGAUGCUCCCGGCAUGCAUACAGAUUUUUAUAAAAUUUUUUGGUAUUUUCUAGUAUCUUCCCCUGGUUAACAAUAAUUGUGCCAUCGUCUAGCUGAAUUCUUGGAAUCAGUUUAUUGGUAAAAUUUCUCGAUUCUAGACCACAAAAAUAUUUAGUCGGUUUUUCGCCUUCCUCCACCCACUUAGCUCUGGAUCUAAUAAAUGCGCCUUGUAAUUUUUCUUUUCGUACUUCCUCCAAUUCUUUUUGCUUUUGUCUUAAAGUCUGAAUAUUGGCCUCGCAAGUUAUAUUUUCUAAAAGUUCAAUUUCCUUCUUUUCUAUUUCUGACUUUUUCGUACGGAGAAACAAUACUAGGACACAAUGUUUACUAUCAGUAACAAACUGGCGAAGAAAAAACAAAAUGACAGAACGAUGGAUACUCCGGAUUUGCAGAUUGACAAGAGACAAAGACAUGAAUCAAAUCCCUCACCGGGAAAUAAUGACAUAGCAAAGAAACUCAGGAUGGGCAGCCCACUAUGCCUUGAAGACUACACAAGCGCAAACGAACAUUCAGGCGAAAUCAGCCCAGAUGACACCUCACCAUCUAUAGAAGAAACUCAGCUCUCUAUUCCAAACCCAAGACAUUCAGUAAAGAUUGACCGGAUUCAUAGAGUGGGACCACAGAACAAACAGGGAAAAAUAAGGCCUAUUAUCGCCAAAUUCAACCCCUACAAAGGUAGAAUGCUUGUCAUGAACAGCGCCUACAGGCUUAGGGGUAAGAAAAAUUCAGCUGGUCUCCACUACGGCAUCUCAGAACAAUUUCCGCAUGAAAUUGAGCGACGACGCAAGGAGUUGUACCCAGUCCUGAAGAGAGCCAAGGCCGCAGGGGACAAAACCGCUAAAUUGAUAGUGGACAAACUCAAAGUACGAGUGAAUGGGACGCAACGAAUCAUCAAAGAUCCUAGCGAAAUACCCGAAGGCGCUUCGUUUGGGUAAUUACUGUGCACUUCAUCUAUUUCAUGGUAACAUUGGAGUAGUUGUGAUGAGUUGCGUAAUGUACACGGUGGAGAUGACUUACUUUCAGAAGUAAGCCAACGUGGAAGGACAUG